AUGGAGGACCUACCUACACUGCGUCGCGGGCCCAAAAAGAAUCACCGGAAGGUUCGCACAGGAUGUACAACAUGCAAAAGGAGGAAGGUGAAGUGCGAUGAAGAGCAACCGAUAUGCAAUCAGUGUGUCAAGCAGAAAGCAGAUUGCGACAUUAACUCCAAGUCAACCAGCAACUUUCGCCAAUAUGAGCUUCUGGACGGGCCCACCCUCACCCCCAGUCAAGCACCAGACCUCAACAUGAUGGACCUAGAGCUGAUCUAUCACUGGACACUCUGGACCCACGACUCACUCACACUCAGUCCCCUACUUCGGACUUUCUGGCUCAGAAAUACCACCAAGGUAGGCUUCCGCUGCGAUUAUGUCAUGCGGAGCAUUCUUGCUCUCUCGGCUGUUCACCUAGGUCAUGUCAACCCCCUCAGAAGCGAAACGCUCGUUCGGUAUGCCCUUACUCAGCACAACCUGGCUGCCGCAACUGUCAGGGAGUUGAUACACCACAAUAAUGAUUCAAAAAGUACGGAAACAGCAGAGAACCUGUUCUUGUAUUCCGUUCUCAUCAAAUUCUAUGUCAUCUCUCAGACCGAUGAACCCCACGCCGCCUUUUUCGGUCGCACCGGAAAGACGGAAAACGACACUCCAGACUGGAUGGCACUCUUCAAAGGCUCUCGAAAUCUCUCGCUGGUCUCGUCGUUACUCGUUAGCCGCAGCCUUACCCAUCCCCUCAUUGAGCACAUGGUGCAGAUGUACUCCUACCGGGAUCUCGUUGCUCAUGGUCCCUACCUCGACUCGCUUCUUUGGCACAUGAACACUGUGAAAGAUCGUUGUUCCACGUCAGAGAUUUCCACUUACUUGCAUGCAGCUCAAGAACUAGAAGCCACUUUCGGGGUGUUGCGCGAGUAUCCUGAGACCCGAGAAACAAUCCAUGCCUUUCUCCUGGUAAGCAAUGUGUCAGACCACAGGGGAGACUUCAUUGCCUUGCUCCAACAGCCCGAACCAUCACAGGAGGCCCUGGUGAUCUUCACGUACUUUUGCAUGAUCCCACGACGGCUUCCACCGCGCUGGUGGUCAGAGAAGUGGAUCGAGGGGCUUGGAGAUGGUGCUUUCAGCUUGCUUGACGAUGAGCAUAAGGAUUGGAUUGUUGAGCCACCAUCUUGGGACAGCUAG